AACAUACUUGGAUUUUUAAAAUUUAAAUUUGUUUGAAAAAUACCUCCUGUUCUGCAUCAUGCCCUACAUGUGACCAGGUACAGAUCUGGAGUGACCUUCCUUAAGCUCAAGAGUAAAGGGUCUUCUACUGAGACUGUCCCUGCCUCCAGUUCCCCAUGAGUUCAGCAUUGGGAACUGGAGUGCCACAGCACACUGAAGCUACCAAAGUGAGGCAUAGGGGACGUCUGUUUGCAUGGAGAAUAACCACUUGACUUGUAUCCAAAAGCAAAUGGACAGCCAAUGCAGAACGCUGAGAACAGAACUUACAUACUCUGAGACAAGCAGCAACAUUCUGCACUAGCUACAGCUUCUGAAUAGUCUCCCAGAGUAGGCCCCUAGAGUACACUGCAGCACUCCAUCCUGUGAUUUCAAGAAAGUAUGAUGACUUUAGCAAUGUCUGCAUCAGGGAGAAAAGGUCUGUCUCCUGGCCAGCUGAAGAUAGAAAAAGGAGCUUUGAGUCACACUUAUUAACUGGGAAUACAGAACAGUGAUAAGUCCAAUAAGAUACUGAAACUGCAGAUACCCGAAACAGAGGUUGCAGACAUCGUGCACCUGUCAACUGCUAGAGAUGCUUCCCUCGUAUGAUGCUGUUCCAAUCCAGUCGAGUGUGGUUAUAUGUUCCUGCCCAUCCCCAUCAAUGGUGAGGAACCAGACAGAUUCCAGCACUCCAUCUGUCAUUACCACCUGUGGCAGCAGACAAGGGUCUAACAUGGAGGGAACUGCAGCUGAAUCAAGGUCUAGUUCAAACUCCCUACAGCAACAUUCAGGACAACAGCCUCCACAGCCUCGAAAAAAACGACGUGAGGAUUUCAAAUUUGGGAAAAUUCUGGGUGAAGGAUCUUUCUCAACAGUUGUCUUGGCCCGAGAAUUGGCAACUUCCAGAGAAUAUGCCAUUAAAAUUCUAGAAAAACGUCAUAUCAUAAAAGAAAAUAAGGUCCCCUAUGUGACCAGAGAGAGAGAUGUAAUGUCCCGUCUGGAUCACCCUUUCUUUGUGAAACUCUACUUCACGUUUCAGGAUGAUGAAAAGCUGUAUUUUGGACUUAGCUAUGCCAAAAAUGGAGAGCUUUUAAAAUAUAUUCGCAAAAUUGGCUCAUUUGAUGAGACCUGUACCAGGUUUUAUGCUGCUGAAAUUGUAUCAGCAUUAGAGUACUUGCAUGGAAAGGGAAUAAUUCACAGGGACCUUAAGCCAGAGAACAUUUUGCUAAAUGAAGAGAUGCACAUUCAAAUAACAGACUUUGGAACAGCAAAAGUAUUAUCUGCAGAUAGUAGACAAGCACGAGCAAACUCAUUUGUAGGGACAGCGCAAUACGUUUCUCCGGAAUUAUUGACAGAAAAAUCUGCCUGCAAAAGUUCUGACCUCUGGGCUCUUGGAUGUAUAAUAUACCAGCUUGUAGCCGGAUUGCCACCAUUUAGAGCUGGCAAUGAAUAUCUUAUAUUUCAGAAGAUAAUUAAGUUGGAAUAUGACUUCCCAGAAAAAUUCUUCCCCAAGGCAAAAGACCUUGUGGAAAAGCUUUUGGUUCUGGAUGCUACAAAGAGAUUAGGCUGUGAAGAAAUGGGAGGGUAUGGACCUCUUAAGGCUCAUCCAUUCUUUGAAUCCAUUACAUGGGAGAAUCUGCAUCAUCAGAUACCCCCAAAGCUCACAGCAUAUUUACCCGCUAUGUCCGAAGAUGAUGAGGAUUGUUAUGGAAAUUACGACAAUCUCCUGAGUCAGUUUGGUUGCAUGCAAGUUUCUGGUUCGGCAUCCUCCCAUUCACUAUCUGCCCCAGAGACAAGUCACCCACAAACAUCAGGGAACAUAGAACAGUACAUUCACGAUCUUGACAAUAAUUCCUUUGAGUUGGACUUGCAGUUUUCUGAAGAUGAGAAGAGGCUACUACUGGCAAAACAGGCUGGUGGAAAUCCAUGGCACCAGUUUGUAGAAAACAACUUAAUACUAAAAAUGGGUCCAGUAGAUAAAAGAAAGGGAUUGUUUGCUCGUCGGCGCCAAUUAUUGCUCACUGAAGGGCCCCAUCUCUAUUAUGUGGAUCCUGUCAACAAAGUUCUGAAAGGAGAAAUUCCAUGGUCACUAGAGCUGCGACCAGAAGCUAAGAAUUUUAAGACCUUUUUUGUUCAUACACCUAACAGGACAUAUUACCUGAUGGACCCAAGUGGGAAUGCUCACAAAUGGUGCAAAAAGAUACAUGAAGUUUGGCGGCACAGAUACCAUCAGAAUGCUGCUAAAUAGUAAAGCUCAUCCAAAAUGUCCCAGUCUCCCUACUUGCUGCUAGAACUCCAUGUGCAGCCAAUCAGAGGAAUCUUCCCAACCCACCUAUUAUCCAUCUCAAGGGGAAGCAUAUGUCUGAAAUAUUUUGUUUUUUUUAAAAAAACAACAAACAUAAAUGGAAUUCAGGGUCGCUUUGCUUGCUCUUUGUGCUUCUGUUGAGGCUUCCACUUGCAUAUCGUUGAAGUGAGGAUCUUGCUUUUGUGCACUUCAGCUCUAUUUCUGCUGCAAACUAAUGGAUAGACCUUGCAUUACCAGCUUCACUUAAGAUCAGUUAAAACUGAUCUACACGCACACACCCCAGAUCAUGUACCGGUCCUGCACUUUAUGGGGCUGGGAUUAUUUCUGUGACUUUCAGAUUAUCAUUAAACUGUAUUUCAUCAGGGAGCUUUUAAAUGCUUCUGCUGAGGUGUAACCAGCACCUCCUCUCUUUACUUUACUCCCCCCCCCCCCCCUUUUUUUUUUUUCUAACUGGUAUCUGGCAUUUGCAGUCAGGCCAGUUGCACCCUUGCAUAAUUCCUAAUAUAUAGUUCUGGUUGCAGGAUUUCCAUGGUACUUAUUAUAAUUAUGUGAGUAAAUCAGAUGUAUGUGUCUGGCAGUCAGACGCUGAUGAUACAGGUUGUAAGAAAGUAAAAUGCUGAACGUGGCACUGAAAAUUUUCUAAAAUUGAAAUUUUCGCUUUUGAAGUUCAUAAAGUUUUAAACAUGGAAUUUUAAUUUGAUGCAUUUACAAGUUUAAUCAAGGGACAAUAAAUUACCAGCAUGCUUUUAAUUAAUACUAACUAAAUUUAAAUUAACCAGUUAGUAUAAAAUGUUACUAUUGAGGUAGUAAUUAGACUCUUCAGCUUUUCAGGAGAUGAGGACAAGUAGCUUUCUUUCCAGGGUAUGCAUGUAUUGUGCAUUUUAGCGGGGCCAACCUAUUUACUUGGGUAGAGAAGAAAGAAUGAAAACUUUGAUGUACAAUUGAUGACUUGAUUUGUCUUUGUAUAAUGAGAUGUACAAAUAUUCUUGUCCUGGUCAUUGGCCAAACAACUUGCAGACCUUUUAGCAAUUCUGAAAAUAUUUUAAAUGAUUGAAAUAUAAUAAGCUUAUACACUAAUCUGAAUAGUUGAAAGUUCAAAUGAAAAUGUUUGAUACAAAGGAGAAAAUGUAUGGUACUUUAGUCAUAUCUAUAAAUGUUUGUUUCAUAUCGGUCUGCUUCAUCCUUUUCAAAUUAAAUUGUUAAAUUGUUAAAUUUCCUGUGACACAGCAAAGACUUUGCUUUGUACAUGUUAAAAGUAACUUCUCUAAUAGUGUUUUCCAUAUAUCUGUGCUUCUGGGUAACCAGAUCCCUUGGAAAGAGCACGCCCGUGCCUGGACAAAGACAUUCCUCCCUCAUGUUUAAAGCAGUAUAAAUACCACACCUAUUCACUCAUUCAUUUUCAGAAAUAUCUCAUAUUUGCCCCUUUGCCCUUGAAUUGUUUCUGUACGAAGUACUUCUUCCCCCUAGAAGUAACCAAGCAGUGCUAGAUUUUCCAUAUGCACCUAAAGAAGCCUGUUGUGUAACAGUUCGAUAUGUCAGUAUUUUCAGAUCCUUAAAGGAGAGUCUGAGUUGCUACUCUCCUCCUAAUUCAUUUUGAAGAAGUACCAGGGUGCAGUUAGAUUCUGUAGUAAAGAAUCCACACCAAAUCCACACUCUCUACAACAAAAUCACUAACGUGCAUGGUCAUAUCUUGUGGACGAGGAUGAGGGGGUUCAGUGCCUAAUAGGCUCCUGGCAUAAAGGGAAAAGUAGAGGAUAUUCCUCCUGUUAAAAUCAGAUGCUAGUCCGAAAGUGACUUCACCCCUACUCCAAAGGCAAAACCACUUGGCACUAAGUUCUUGGAGUAACACAGGACUCCUGCAACUAUAUUAACUCCAUAGCCAACAUCACAGCCAAGAUAACCUGCUAUUGUGUUUUGUUUUGUUUUUAGUUUGUGGCAAUGGAUACCUGUUAGUACUAAAGCUAUCCACUUCACCUGUAUGUCAGCUCUAUCUGAGGCAGUGCAGCAGGUUCUGGAUUACAAGUCUGUACCACUCUGCUAUAGGCAGGUACUAUUCUUGCCUUCUGUAGAAGAGCCUGGUUGUAGUGGAGCUGUACAGCAGCUCAAACAUAUUUACUGCUGUUACUUUAAGUGCAGCAUCUCCAAGCAUAACACACAGUUUUGCAAAGUGGUGGCUUGUUAUGGGGUCUAGCAAUGACUUCACUAUUUUGAACAGAGGCUAGAGUAGCAUCAAUAAACCUAUUCAUUUCAGCAGAUUACAUGCUUUCUCUAAACACAUUUUCUGUAACAUCAAAUAGUUUAGCAACCCCCUCUUGUCAUUCAGAAAUAUCUUCUCCUCCUUUCUGCCCACUGCUUUUUUUAAAAACUCCCUAUAACAUGUGAUCCUGCAUACACACUACUUUCACCCAAAGAUGGUCUCUUGAGAAAGAAAGCAAGAAUGAUUGCAGUCAUUGCUGUGCAGAUAGUAAAUGUGAGAGCCUGAAACGUUGGGUGUUUGCAUUGUGGGGUACUUUGCAAAAUGACAGUAUUGCAAUUAGAAACUUCUCCAGGCAGACUCCUGCACUAAGCUCCCUCUCCUCUGCAUAUUCAUGUUCUUCGUUAAGCCAUGCUCGGCAGGUAGGGUUAUGGCCCAUGAAAAAAGUUGAGUAGUUUUAGCUAUUAUUCUCUAGAACAAGUUACAAUAUUGAGCACUACCAUCUAUAGUAGGUGAAACCUCACAAAUAACAAUCAGCUUCCAAGAAAUGUUUUUUUCAUUCUAUUUUUUUUCCCCUCAGAUUACUUGGACUCAGUCCAAAAUGUAAUUCACAAACCUUCACUGAGGAAUGGACUCUUUUUGCAGUGGAAGGGGGCAAAAGCUGAGCCAGAGGCUUGCCAUCCUUCAUCUCUGCUUUAUUGGAGGAGGGCAAGUCAAGUGAAACUACUUCUCACCCCUAUAUUUCCCCUCCAGUGAAGAGGAGAAUAGGCUAGAAAAGGCUGCUCCUUGCUGUUGCACUUACAGUAGGGGGCCAAAACUAUUCUGGGAGAGGCUUCCCCGAGUCACUUUCCUGUGUAUGGGGGUAUAGAAGUGGAAGAUUCAGACUAUGGGAGGAUAAGGCAAAGGCUCUCACGUGGAAUGGGUAGAUGUUUGUAGCCUGCUUAAGGACAUAUCAUGCUCUGUACUAUGGUGGAGGGUUCCUGCAUUGGAUAGGAAUAUCUCAGUGUAGGGAUGUCCUUAUGGACAAAGCAGUUGAGUGCUUUCUGCAGGAGCAUGCUCAGUCGUUCAUGAGAAUGCAUGGAGAAGAGUACUAGAGAAGUGCUAAAUGGCCUGCUCUAGGGCUGAGAGCAGGUCAUUUAGAAGUUUCCAUACUGUAAUCAUAUGAUUUCCAGAGGGGAGAGUGUAGCUGGCCACAAGCAGCCUCUUUGUUCUUGAAGAUAUUUGGGAAAAGGAGUACAGAGCGUGAUUCGUUCACUUUCCUUUCCCAGCUACAAUUACCAAGAUUUCCAGAAAGACUGUGAAUCAGUGUGGCUGUGAUUCAGAUUAGGAGACAUUUAGUUUGAGAUCAGACUCCCAGAAGGGUACUCAACUCUGGUGAUGGGCCUGCUUUCCAUUGAAUGAAAAAGGCAGUGGGAUUGGUGCUAGAAGGGAUACUUAACCCACCUUCCUCUCCCCUGGGGACAUUGACCGAGUCUUGUCUCCUGUACAGCUUAACAAAUAUCAGGACAUGUUCAAGAUUCCUGGGCUAGGCUGAGAGUUUGCUUUAUCACCAUUUGCCUCAAUGUCCUAAGCCCUCUUCUGAGCAGGGUUUAUUUUAAGGACAGUUAAGUUAUAGCUCACAUAAGCAUUGUUUUUCAGCUUUAGACGAUCUAUUGUAUCUAUCAUGAGCAGUGUAACAGAACAGUCUUAAGAGGUGCUGUACUAUCAAAGUUGGAGUCUCUAAGGCAUCUUCAGAACUAUGCAGCAUUGCUGUUGUCCCAUAAUGCUGUUGAACUGUGUAGCAAAUUCUGCUAGAUACAGCCCCAGAAAACUUCCUGAGGGAUGGGUAAAAGUAUUAUAGCCAUGCUUCAGCUUUUGUGAUGUGAUAUAUGAGGGAUGGUAUGUUGGACACUGACGCCUUCCGUAUUGGGCAUUUUCAAAGGAUCCUGUGGAUUUAGCCCUCAUAAACUGAAGAGAAAUCAUUUCUUCUGUGUGUUAGGUUGACUUUGGAAAUCCAAGUUUAAUUAUCAGUGAUAAAUUUCCCCAAUUUUAAAAUAAUAUAGACAAUAGAUGUAUGUCUCCUGCAACCUAGACAACAAACACUGAAAAUGUGUGUGCAUGCGUGUUUGUAUGUGUGAAGUGGGGCGAUAUUACAUGAUGCAAAUGCUAUGAACUGUGGCUGGAUGGGCAAUAUUAUACUCAACCACUUCCAACUUUUUACUAUUCAUGCUGGACUGACGAGUGUCUUUGUGAAGGGCCAUAUAAAUAUUUUGGAGAUCUAGGUCCUGUUGGCUCAAAAACGUGUCCAUAAAGAAGGCAGUAGCUUAAAUAAUGAAGUUCUUUCACCCCAGAUCCUGACUGGGAGCUGAGUAUUCCAACUGGACCAUAUAGCUGUAAUUCUUCCUAUCUAUGAUGAGAUUCUUUGUUAGUCUGGGUAGUUUCCUGUGGGAAUAAAACAUUCAUUAAUAAGGUCUUAGCUGAGGAAAGGAGGUACAUGAUUUUCUAAAGCUGGGCUUUGUGGAUGCUACACACAACUCUCUCUUCCUCAACCUAGUAUUUUAAAAAGAACUGAGGUGUGUACAAAUGGGUGUGGUAUUUAUACUACUUGAAGCAUUUGGUGAAUACUUCAACCAUGUUGUCUUUAGGCCAAUAUUUUACUAAUUAAACUAUGAAUCACUUCUGCAAUGCCUCGUGGCCCAGAAAAUGUCUGUUCAUAGAUACUUCCUUCAGUCAUCUUGCAGGUAAGUAAUUCUCUUUGACCCAGAGCAGUGUAUUUUCAGCUAAAAUGAGAAAUUUAUAAUCAAACUGGUAAACUGCAUUUCCCCAUAACGUGUUUGCACUGUCUUGGAAGAAACACAGCUAUAAACAGUGAACAAUUUAGAAAUGGAAAACCAUUUCUUAAACUGUCUGAAGCAUGCAAGUCCAGUACAUCUGAAUGAGCGUGAAUGGGGAUAGUUGCUAUUUGAAAAGCUUAUGUACUGAGUUUGAUUGGAUAUGGCAAAGUCUCCUAAAUUGUGGCAGAACUCACAACUGCUGUAUCUAACAAAAAAACCAAACAAACUAGGAACUAUAAUCAAUUUUGAUAGAUGUUAGCUGUCUUUCAGGUUGGUGGCAGUCACUUAUGAUGUGUGUAAUAUUCUCUACCUGGUUUGUAGCUGUAACUGUGAUGUACAGGAAAAGCAAAAAAUAAAGAAGCAAACAAAAACAGAAGCAAAUAAUGCAGUGAUAUUAGGAUAAACAUUUUUGUAUUUUUAUUCUUCUAAGGUUAUUUGCUGGUGCGCAUUGGCCUCUAGUUCAGUCUGUGUUAUUUAAAUUCUAAUAUAUGAAUUAUUUGGAUUGAAUUCAUGUUCGGGGCCAUGGUGUUGUAUGUAUUGAUGUACAGCCUUGAAUGUGAAUAAUUAUUGUAAACUAUAUUUUACACCUUUCUCUGGCUUUAUUAUAUAAAUUUUCUAUUGGUCGAUGAUUUAAUCAUAUCUCAUAAUUUAAUGACUGUUUGUUCUCCGCCCGACAGCUCUCUGUGCUGUAGAUGUAGCUAGUGACUGGAUGAUGAAGUUUCACUUACGCUCGAUAGUCUUGUAAUAAAAGCAUGUAGGGUCCUAGG